GUCCAGAUUGCGGCUUCAUUGAGUUGAGGAUUCACCAGAAAGUCUACAGGCUUCAAGAUAAACAUGGCCAAAAAUAAACAGAGAGGUAAAAAACAGCAGAAUGUAUUUCAGGUUGCGAACAAACAGUCAAAACCCAAGACCAAAGCGAAACCUGUCAAGACCUCUCUGAAACAUAUAAACACUGUGAGGAAUGAAAAAGUGGAGAGCUUAAAUCAAAUGUUCACAGAAGUACAGCAAGAUGUAAGAAAUAUAUCAAAACCCACGACUAGUGAAUCCAAAAAAGGACAGAAGGUGGUCAGAGAAGCUCCACGGGAAGCUGUCAAUGUGGAUGGCGCUGCACAGCUUUUCUCUCAACUCUAGAAAAACAUUUUUACAUACAAAAAAUGGACUCUGGACUAAUCAGAGAAACUUUAUAUACCAUAUAAGUUAUAACAAAAACAGUCCAUCAUGCCUGCAAGUCAUCAAUGUAAUUUUUUUAAUGAUUAUACUUGCAGUCUUAUUCUGUAUGUGAAUCGCACAGCCACGCUUAAUUCAAUAUAUAUAUAGGUUUGGAAGUUUUGGGAGUUGAAUAUUGUCUUUGCUUGCUGAAGCAUAAAGAGCAAAGUCAUUAAAGACUGAAUAUCAA